CGUGCCUUCGGUCCCGGGCGGACAUUUUUCCCGGGGCACCGCAGCGGCCCGGGGCGAGUUUCUCGCCGUAAUUACCGUCGAAAUCGCCCGCCGAGCGCGUUUCCACGCACGGGAUUCGCCGCGCCGAACGUUUUUUUGAAUGAAACACCGCGCUCACCGGGACGUACGCGAUACCCGCCGCACUCGCCCGCACGGGGCCGCCGCGUACCGCGCGGGACUCGCCGCUCGCGUGGGCGUUUCGCGACCAGAACCGUCCCGGCGGUCCGUCUCCGCUUAACCUAUGCGCGCGGGAACGAGCUGCGAACGUAAAUAAACGCCGCGAGACGACGCGCUCUCCUUCGCCCCGCGAGUGAGCCGCGCCGAGGGGCACGACGAUGAUCGCUAUCGACGAGAUGGAGCAGAGGGACCUGCCGCAGGCGUUCCGCCUGCUGGGGGAGAUGAACGCCAACGUUCUUCAGGUGAACCAGCUCGUCGACAACAUGCUGGUGCGCGUCAAGAACGGCGAGAUCUCGACGGACAAGGGCCUCAGCUUCCUGGAGAUGAAGUACCACAUGCUGCUCUCCUAUCUCAUCAACCUGACCUACGUCGUCCUGAGAAAGUGCUCCGGCGAGCGCAUCGAGGGCGACCCGUCGAUCGAUCGUCUCAUCGAGAUCAGGACUGUCCUAGAGAAAAUCCGACCAAUAGACCACAAGCUUAAGUACCAAAUAGAUAAGCUCGUCAAGACGGCGGUGACCGGCACCAUCAACAGCGACGACCCCACUAACUUCAGGGCGAAUCCCGACGCGCUGGUCGCCAAGCUCGACAGCGAGGACUCGGACAGCGAUCAGGAGGAGGAUGCGGACGGCGUCAAGUCAACAACGCAGCAGUCCAGGAAGUCUAGCGUUUACGUGCCGCCCAAGCUCGCUGCGGUGCACUACGAUGGCGACGAAACAAUGGCGGAGAAGAUCCGCAAGGCCAGCGACAGAGCUCGCAGACGCGUCGUGUCAAAUACGGUGCUGCGGGAGCUCAAGGAGGAGUAUCUGGACGCGCCCGUGGAGGACAGCCAAGGUCUGGGCGAGAAGCGGGCGAUUCUGGUGCGCGAGGACAAGCGGAAGGCCGAGUACGAGGAGAAUUACAUGACGCGUUUGCCCGUCACCAAGCAGGAGAAGCACAGACGCCGCCAGAUGACCACUCUGGGCACUCUCGGCGACGAGAUCACCACUUUCGGGGAGUCAUCCACCAAGACCGCUAAGAAGAGAAAAGCUCAGAGGAAGGGCAAGGCUAAAAAGAGUUUCAAGAAAAAACGGCAUCAUUAAAGAGCUUGAUGAAGAGACGGCUCUGGGACUUUGGACGAGAUCUCCCGGGCUUUCAUACAGCAUUAACGAUUAAGGUAAAAAAUAAAAAAAAAGAAAUAAAUUUACUCGACUUCUUCUUCGAAACAAAAGCAGAUGCCACUAAUACUCGUUAUUAAGUUAAGCUAAAGAUAACAUCGUAACAUCUAGUAAUAAAAAAAAAAGGAAGACAACGUGUGUCGAUGGUGGAGUAAAAAUAGCACGAUGGUAAUUUAUUACUGUAUAAGACAUACUAAUGGUCGUGUAAUUGAUAAUUCUAGUUAAUAAUGAUUUUAAUCUUUAACUGUUGUCUGAGAGAUCAAUUUUGAUCUGUGGAGUUGAGAGACGAGAUCCAUCGAGAAAAAAAAAACAAACUGUAUUCCACGCGAGUGUGAAUGCGGUGAGGAACAACGUCGAGAUAACGAUGGCACAUACGAGCUUAAAUGGAAAUUAUGUGUCGUAAUAGCGUAAUAUUGUAUUGUAAUGUUGGAUCGAGUAGUGGACUUAACGGCUCCAGGAUUGAAAAUUGUGGAUUACACGUAAAAGUUGAAAGCAGAACAUUCCUCUGCUUUAUUUUGAAAUAUUCUCCGGCUAUAUAGAGGUGGACGAAGGGAGGAGGAAAUCAGUAAACAUAGCAGGAGAGACGAUAUUGAAUUAAUUGUUAACGAAAAGCGUAAAAAUCACAAGACAUUCACACAGCAAAAAUGCGCUAAAGUCACAAGACACAAGAUUCAAAGGGGAAAGAGGAAAAAAAGGAACCAUUCUUUAGGAACUGCACGUACUCGGCGCAAUCUUUGAAAGCAAGCUUUUCGGAAAAUAUUUCGGGACAAAAUCAAGCGAAAAAAAAAGAGGAAAAGAAGCAAAAAACGAUAUUUCGUCGAUAUCGCAUGUCUUAGGAUUUUCUCGCUGUCUUAGAGUAGUGAAGUAGUUACUAGUUUUACUAUAUUAUAUGUAUGUUUCGUUUGUGUUUUUCCCCUGGUGAAACUGUUGAGGCUAUUAUAAACAUUUGAAUGUGAGUCAUGUUUUUACGUUAAGUCUCAUUUGUCUUUUAUUAUUAUUACUACAAUGUGCUUGUGCAUUGUACAGCUGUUGUUUUUGCGUUGGUUUUAAGUCGUUAAACUUAUAUUGAUGGUAAUAUAAGGAUAACACGAGCGUGUCAAAAUUCAAAAUUGUCGUCAUGUUCUCAGAUUUGAUUUCGAUUGACCGAUUGUUUGAUUUCUCAGAGGGAGAGAGAGGGGGAGCUUGUCAUAUCACACAGUAACGGAUAGAAAGUGACGAAGGAAGGAACAAACCAAGUGACGAACGAACGAAGACUCCGGGCGAUAAUCACUUCUGCGAGCCUGAUAAAUAGGAUACUUGUACAAUCAAAUCGCGCGGGAGGAGUCUUCCCUCCCUCCCUUAAAUGGGUUGCAUUCUUUUUUAACGUCGUUAGACGCGGGGCCCGUCGCUCCGUCGAGGCGCCCCCGGGUGAAAAUGUUCCUUUCACGUAACCAAGUUGAGCGACACAUAUUGUUCUAUACAGAGAAUACGUACGUUAGAUAUAUACGUUAUAUAGCCACAUUGCUCAUUCUCUGCAGAAGUGAUCCCACCCACCCCGUUUGCCCUCGCGAGAGGCAACUUAAACUCGGUUCGCUGCGUAUGCUGGCCAAGGGCUCAACCAUCCAUAGAUAUUAUAUUUUUUACAGAAGUGUUCAUAGAUUGAGCCAACUUGGCGCGGCACCGAUAGAUGUGUUACACGCCUCCCCCUCUCCUCGACCAUCUGUGAAGACGAUUAAUUAAAGGAGAAAAAAAAGAAAAAAUGUGAUAAUGAUUAUUCAUGAAAUAAUAGUUAAAGAGAAACUUAAACAAAAUAGCACAAUCGCUGGGCAUUAUUUACAAAGUGCUAGCAAGCCUAAUGUCAGCAGCCUUGUCGUAUUUGGUAUUUAAAAAUGAAAUUGAAAAACGCCGAAUUGCGGACGGAUUUUUCGCGGAACAUCCAACGCUCCUGAAGAGACACACGUACACACGCGCGCGUUAUUAAUACGGGAUUAAUUUCCCGAGCGCGCGCGUAAAGAGAAAAAGGGAGAGAAAGAGAGAGAGAGAGAAAGGGAAAAAGAAAAGAAAAAGAAAUUGGGAUCGAGACGGGAGUCUCGACGGAAUUUGUCCGACGUUCGGCUUCCUCAUACUCCAUUGCAUAGACGAUAAUUUUGUGAAGCGCACCUACGAUCGGCGUGAGCUGCGAGCCCGGAGAGAGAGAGAUAACAUAGAUAUGUCGAUCAACGCCUCAUCAGAUUUCGAUUACUGCCGAUAACGAUAUUUUGCAAUAGGCCUGUAACACUUUGCAUCUCACACAAGAUAGAGCAUCCUGCCGGCCCACUGGACUCUUUUUAUACGUAUAUUAACCGACACAGCGCGGUCUCUCGGGCUCGCGGUCGCAAGUGUGGUAGGUGUGCGAAGGAGUAUUCAUAGGACACACAACAUAUCCACACACGCAACAUAUAGCAGCAAGGUAAUAGGAUUACAUUGAAUACACUACCUCAAAUCAAUAGUAAUAUGGAUUUACAGUAAUACGGGAAAAAAAAGGAGAAAACUCCGCAGCGGUCGCGCUCGCCCCGUUGUUGUUACGAGCCUCGAUUCUUUACACGCCGACGGUUUUUUUACGGGACGUAUUUCCACCGAACUUUGUUGAAGGAUGUACGUACAGUGGAUUUAUUCGCCUUGAAUACUCUCGCCGAUCUAUAUUAGCCCUGGGAGACGCGGAUGUAAUUUUUACAGUAGAGAACCGUAGGACUCGCUCGAUACCGCGAUGGUCAAUCCGUUAAAGAACUGUAUAGACGAGAGCCUAGAGCGGAUCACCAUUUCGUUUUGAUGAUCUGAACCGCGUAGGGGAAAGAAAUACAGUUGAGGUUUAAACGUUGCUUGUCCAUUCCAGAUCUACUAAGUGUGAGCGCAGCAUAACGACAGAACAGAUGUUUCAUUGAUUGUUAUUAUCGAUCUGGAGCAUUUAGGGGGAUUCCGCGUGUCCCAGGGUUAUAAGGAAAGGACCUACAAAUGUACAAAUAUAUAUUAGAGAGAUAUUGCGAGAGCGUUGCCGUUGCGGACUUUUUAAAGAGUAGUCCUUCAAAUCCAACAACGCUGCCGAAUGCCGAACUGGGAAAAAAAAGAAAAAAAAAGUAAGGAAGAAAAGUAUCAAGAAGUAUCUUCGCAGCAGAGACGGAAUGAUGAUAGGGAUGAUUUAUUGACUACAUUCAUAGUCUUUGAAGAGUAACGACGUUUGAUUUAUAUAUUGGUGAAUUUUUCUGUAAUUUUAUGUACACUAUAUAAAUGACAAUUCUCAGCGUGUGAGCGAGAGAGAGACUGCGAGAACGGAGAGCGAGAGAGAAAUCAAGGGUGAGACAGAGAGAAAGAGAGACAGUUUACCUUGUACAUUUACAAAUUGUGGUUAUUACGAAUGAAUUAUUAUUAUUAUUAUUAUCACGGAUUAUACUAUGAUUACUAUUAUCAUCAUGUAGAAUGCUUCUUACUGACUGAAUAAAAUGUUUUCAAUGUC